AUGGAUGGGCAGGUUUCAUUCGGAUCGACGACUGGACAUAUCGCAUUCCCCGGCGCCCGUGUUGAGACGGGCGGGACGCUAAACGUCACAGUUUCUGACGGUCAGCGCAACAAUGACAUUAUCGACCGCCCUGAUGUCUUCGCCAAACUCGACACUCUCCUCCCGCCCGUCGCUGAGUAUCAGAGCGCCGCUCUCUGGGUCUGGGAGGCUCUGGCGCUCGAGUUUGCCUACCGCCGGUUCCGCGAAACGAACUGCUCUGUUUACUGGGUUCACGCAGACAACGAAGCGACGUUCACACAAGACUACGAAGCUCUUGCGAGGAGGGCCGGGCUCACAGACAGAUUCCAAGGCGAGGAGCUGCUCAGGGCGGUGCGCGAGUGGAUCGAGGCGCAGCCUCGCUGGUUGCUUGUUGUCGACAACGCAGAUGACCUCAGCAUCUUUGGCGUCGGAAGGAGAACGGCGAACACACAAGCUACGACUGAAGGAAUAUGCUUGGACGACUAUCUUCCCCGGGCGCCUGUCGGCACCGUACUCUGGACGAGCCGCGACAAGCGGAUUGUAGGCAGCCUUGUGGGUGCUCGACGGGGGGUGUCGGUGGGCCGUAUGAACACUGGUGAGGCUUUGGCGCUUUUCGAGGCGUCAAGAAAUGAGAGUGUUGCUGCCGACGAGAAGAAUGCUGUUUUUGAGUUGUUCGCACAGCUGGACCACCUCCCUCUUGCCGUUUCGCAGGCUGCUGCCUACAUCCGCCGAACAUCCACGCCAGUAGCGAAGUACUUGUCGAGGCUCGAGGAAGGGAAAAAGAGGUGGAGAAUUCUGCAGAAGUCAGAACAUGACCGUCACCGUCGACGCGAAGUCCCGAACAGCAUCCUGGAGACUUGGCAAAUAUCGAUGGAGCACAUAAGGCAAGAGGAUGAUACGGCAUACCGGCUCCUUCUCACCCUUGCGUAUGUCCACAAUCAAAACAUUCCGGAAAGUUUUAUCAAGGCAGCAGCGCAAGCAGGUGUUGGCGACAGACAAAGUCAGAGUAGUACCAGUACGAUCACGGAGAGUGAGGAUGAAUCAGAUGAUGACAACGAGGCUGUCACUACUGCCUUGGCUCGCCUGAGAGAGUUUUCCUUCUUAUCCAUGCGGAAAAACCAGUCAAUCGGGCAGACAUACGAGAUGCACAAGCUCGUUCAGGAUGCAGCUCGAUAUAGCAUGAGCCAGAAAAGACGCCGACAGGAUGCAGCGCAGUUUUCUAUGGCAGCACUCACUCUUGUGUCAGACCUCUUCCCGCGGAGAACGCGAGGUGCAUGGGAAGAAACCGAGCUGUGGCUUCCUCAUGCAUUGCAAUGUAGUGAGUGGGCUGAAGUAUGCGAGGCGGGCGCAGGCGAAGAUAUUGCGAACCUUCUGAGCCGUGUGUCGGACUACCUGUUCGACCGCGGACGUUGGAAUGAGAAGGAGCCGGUAGAUAGGAAGGCAUUUUCAAUACGGCAGAGAAUCCUAGGUGAGAGGCACCCCGACACGAUCUGGAGCAUAGCCUCACUCGCAACAACAUACCACGCCCAGGGGAGGUAUGACGAGGCAGAGAAGAUUUAUACAGAAGUGCUUGAGCUACGCCAGGAGGUUCUUGGCAGGAGGCACCCCGACACGAUCGGGAGCAUGGCUGAACUCGCAUUAACAUACCACGCCCAGGGGAGGUAUGACGAGGCAGAGAAGAUCUCAGUAGAAGUGCUUGAGCUACGCCAGGAGGUUCUUGGCAGGAGGCACCCCGACACGAUCUGGAGCAUGGCUGAACUCGCAACAACAUACCACGCCCAGGGGGGUACGACGAGGCAGAGGACACCACGACGGAAGUUCUGGCGCUACGACAAGCACCAAAGCAAAGUGUAUGCCUUUGUUAGCUACAUCGACUAG